GCUAAACGACAUCGUAACGACCAUAAACCCGCUCCUUCCUCUUCGACCAACGCCGCCGCCGGAGGGUUCCUUCUCUCUCUCUCUCUCUCUCUCUCUCGCUCUGCAUCCGAGUCGAAGGAGAGAGAGAGAUGGAGAUGGAGAGCUACGUGGUGGUGCACAACGUCGCGAAGCGCCACAACGUCGGCACCCUCGCCCGGAGCGCCACCGCCUUCGGCGUCUCCGAGCUCAUCGUCGUCGGCCGCCGGGACUUCAACGCCUUCGGCAGCCACGGCUCCACCUCCCACCUCGCCUUCCGCCACUUCCACUCCCUCCUCGAAGCCCGCUCCUUCCUCAAGGAGAAGGGUUGUGAUAUAUGUGGUGUGGAAAUCACAGAUGAUGCCGUAGCCGUCAACCAGCAUCCUUUCAAGAGGAGCACCGCUUUCCUCGUCGGCAACGAGGGAACGGGCCUUUCUGCCAAAGAAUGCGAGAUAUGCGACUUCUUUGUAUAUAUUCCUCAGUACGGCAGUGGCACUGCUUCAUUGAAUGUCACUGUAGCAGCAUCCAUAGUUCUACAUCAUUUUGCAGUUUGGGCAGGCUUCUCCGAACGAAUCCGCGAUGGAAAUAAGUUUGUUGUGGCCGAGAAGCCGGCAAAGCAAGUGAAGCGUAAUUUUUGUGCAGAAACAGUGGAUGCUAUCAUUGAGGAGCGAAAAUCUAGAAAGCAAAACGCUUCGGAAUUUUUCGAUGGCGAUGGAAAUGCCCAAUCGUCAUCAAACCUACUUGAGGGAUUGUUCAGUGAUGAUCAGUGACUUAAGUAGAGUGAACUUUCUUUCAGACAUUCUGACAACCCAAGCCUUUGGGAGUGAUAGAACAGUCGUGGGUGGUUGGUCUGCAGGUCCUUUUUUUUUGGUUAGAAAAAGAAAAAAAAGAGAGGCAUGCGGACCAACCACCCAUGAUGCAUCCAUGUCUACUUGCUAAAGAAGCGAGCGGCUAAAUUUGAUGCAUCCAUGUCUCUUUGGAGCGAGCCAGCAAAGAGCCUGUUCCAGUAUUGAGCAGUUUUCACUUUUCUGAUUUUAUGCAUAGGGAUGUUAGUUUCUGCACGAACCAAAGGAUUAGAUGUGUUUUGUCCCGCUUUCUUGUGGCUUGUGCAAUUAAGUCCUCAUGCUUUCUUUUUCAAUCAAGUUCUCUAACUUUUCUUAUGAGUAA